GGAGGGGAGGGGCGGUGAGCGGGACGCUACCAACGGUUUUCGUCGUGAAGCGCUGCGUGAGGAAGGGGGUCUUUGUCUUGCGCCACCCGAGCUCCGGGGAGUAGUGGGGAGCGGGGGCAAGCUUUCUCUCCACCUUGGUAAAUUCGGGGUUGAGGGCUGGAAGUGCGAAGAGUAGUCGGAACAGGGUGGUUGCGGUAGAGAUCUCAGAGCACCGUGCUUAUCGGGAACAUCUGAGGGUGUGACUGAGGGUUCACAAAAUUUUUCUGGGGUGAUAGGGAGGGAGCGACUCUCAGGAUCCCUCCUAUGGCUUUCUUGCCUGGAGGGGUUGGAAGGAUUUUACAAGGGAUUUGACCCGAGGAAGCGUAGGAGGGGAGGGCGAGGCGUGAGGCAGUUACUUCUCUUGCCAGUGAACCCAGUUGAGGGACAGGCAGUGAGUUUCUUUUCAGUUUGCACGUUCUGUGCAUGAGAACUGAAGAGCUCAGUUGGCCAGGGAAAGCCUGUCCCCAAGCUGACCUGCGGCUUCCAACACUCUAGUUGGGUGGAGGAACCGCGCUCCUCCUGUUGUCCUCCCCCAACCCUCCUGAGGUCUGGGUCCACGUCCUCCCUGUCUUCUGUACUGCAUCCUCUUCCACCGUUCCUAGGGACUGGGGAAAGGAAUGCCUUUGCCCUCUCCAUGGCCUCUGGAACCAGGAGAAACCUUUCCUUUAACCAGAAAGCCUUGAUACCUUUAUUCACCAAGGAUCCACCAAGGACUCUUUCGCCCUUCUCCCAAAUCGUCCUUCUCUAUGAACUUUUCCCUCUGGCUCACCUAAAGUUGAACCAGGAGUUCCCAGCUUUCUGCUGUCUCCAGUUGUCUUCUCCCUGUACUCAUGGCCACAUCAACUACCAGCCCCAGUUCACCUCUCCGGGCAGAGGAUCUCCUGAGUGAGUCAUCAGAACCCCCUGGACUGAACCAAGUGUCCUCUGAGGUGACCUCCCAGCUCUAUACUUCUUUGCACCUCAGCCGUCAGGCAGAGGCCACUGCUCGAGCUCAGCUGUAUUUAGCCUCCACCUCCCCACCUCCACAUGAGGCCUUAGACAGCCUGGCUCAAGAGCUGAGUCGCAGCUUGUCAGUCGGAUUAGAGAACAACUUGAAGAAAAAGGAUGGUUUUAAGCAUAUCUUUGAGAUGGAAAGUGUUCGAGGUCAACUCCAGACCAUGCUCCAAACCUCACAUGAUGCAGCCUAUCAUAAUGCCUGUUCCUGUCUUUACCUGACCCUAGCCAUGGGGUCUCUUGGGCUAUGUGUAGGGGACCCCCUCACUGCAGGUGCUGGCAUAGAGAAGCGGGAAGAGGAGUCCUUUGACAGUGACAGCACAGCUACCUUGCUCAACACCCAGCUCCUGCAAGACAUAUCUCCACCCAGUUCAGCACAAGCUUUGGAGGAGUUGUUUCCCCGCUACACCAGUCUUCGACCGGGGCUCCCAGUUAAUCCCCCGGAUUUUCAGAGGCUGAGAGAUGCACUGGAUUCAGAGCAUACCCGCCGCAAGCAUUGUGAACGCCACAUUCAGAGCCUGCAGACCCGAGUUCUAGAGCUACAGCAGCAGUUAGCUGUGGCUGUGGCUGCCGACCGCAAGAAAGAUAUCAUGAUUGAACAACUGGACAAGACCCUGGCCCGAGUGGUGGAGGGCUGGAAUCGGCAUGAGGCUGAGCGGACAGAAGUGCUUCGGGGACUACAAGAGGAACGCCAGGCAGCAGAACUCACCAGAAGCAAGCAGCAAGAAACAGUAACCCGCCUAGAACAAAGCCUUUCAGAAGCCAUGGAGACCCUAAAUCGGGAGCAGGAAGGUGCCAGACUGCAACAACGGGAAAGAGAGGUGCUGGAAGAAGAAAGGCAAGCUCUGACCCUGAGCUUGGAGGUUGAACAGCAGCGGAGUCAUGCUCUGCAGGAAGAGCGGGAUGAGGCUCGGGCUGGGCAACUCAGUGAGCAUCGGAAGCUGGAGACCCUUCAGGUUGCCCUGGAAGAAGAGCGACAGGCCUGGGCCCAGCAAGAGCACCAGCUUAAGGAGCGCUAUCAGACAUUGCAGGGGGAGAGCCAGGCUCAGCUGGAAAGAGAAAAGGGGAACAGCCAGAGGGAGGCCCAAGCAGCUCGGGAAGCCCAGCAAGAGUUGGCAUUGGUGCAGUCUGAGGUGCGGCGGCUGGAAGGGGAGCUGGACACGGCUCGGAGAGAGAGAGAUGCCCUGCAGCUGGAGAUGAGCUUGGUGCAGGCCCGGUUUGAAAGGCAGCGGAUCCAGAUGGAGUCAGAGCUGGCUGUGCAGCUAGAGCAGCAGGUGAUGGAGCGGAUGGCGCAGGCUCAGGAGAGCAGCCUACGGCAAGCAGCCUCCCUGAGGGAACAUCACAGGAAGCAGCUGCAGGACCUUAAUGGACAGCACCAGCAAGAACUGGCCACUCAGCUGGCUCAAUUCAAAGUGGAAAUGGCAGAACGAGAGGAACGGCAACAGCAGGUGGCUCAGGACUAUGAGCUCAGACUGGCACGGGAGCAAGCACGGGUACGGGACCUUCAGAGUGGGAACAAGCAGCUGGAGGAGCAGCGAGUGGAGCUGGUGGAACGGCUCCAGGCCAUGCUGCAGGCCCACUGGGAUGAGGUCAACCAGCUGCUCGGCACUACCCUCCAGCCUCCUAACUCUCCAGUUCCUCCCACUGGGCCCUCCAGCUCUGAUCUCCCAGAGACAGAGAAGGGGGAGAGGAGGAUCUGGACCAUGCCUCCUGUGGCUGUGGCCCUAAAGCCUGCGUUGCAGCAGAGCCGGGAAGCCAGGGAUGCCAGGGACGAGCUGCCUGGAGUGCCUCCUGUUGACUGCAGCCCCUCCCCAGACCUUAGCCUCCUUCUGGGCCCCUCUUUUCUGAGCCAGCAUUCCUUCCAGCCUCUGGAGCCCAAACCAGAUCUCACUCCAUCCAUAGCUGAAGACUUCUCUGCACUUGGGGCCUUCCAAACUGAUCACAGAGCAGAACGGCCAUUCCCUGAGGAAGAUGUAGGAUCUGAGGGAGAUGGCUUCCUAAAGCAAGGGCUGCCACCUGCUUCUCAGCUGGAAGGCCUCAAGAAUUUUUUGCAGCAGCUGCUGGAAACAGUACCACAGAACAAUGAGAGCCCCUCUGUUGAUCUGCUGCCUCCCAAGUAUGGUCCCCAGACUGUGCCAUCUUGGGAAGAAGCCUCUCAAGUGCCACGCCUUCCACCCCCUGUCCAUAAAACCAAAGUCCCUUUAGCCAUGGCAUCUAGUUGUUUCCGAGUCCAUGAGGUUCCCUCUUCCUAUUCACAAGGCAGUGGUCCCAGCACUGGCUCCCCAGAGAAAGGUGCAGAUGGGCUCAGCUCCUCAAGGCAGCUGAUGGAGAUGUCUCAGCUGUUACGACAGUACCAGGCUCGGGGCUGGGGGACUCUUUCUGCUGAGGACCUGCUGCUGUGCUUGAAGAAGCUGGAACAUGGCGGGACUGAUAGCCGAGGGGAGAAUGUCCCCAGAAGGAACCCAGACUCCCGCUUGGGUGAGAUCUCCCGGAAAGAGAUCCCUUCACAGGCUGUCCCUCGCUGCCUUGCUACAGCUCCUAAGUCUGAUAAACCUCCUGCUCGGAAGAAAAGCAGCCACCCUACCCCUAGCAGCAUGAGGAGUCGGGGAGGAAUCUGGAAAUGAGCUCCUGCCCUUUCUCUGCUUUGUUCUCUUGUGGUUAUUUUAAUAAACGCUUAGUAGUCUGUAUUAGAGUCUCUGACUCAGCAAUUUGGAAAAUGGAGAUUUUUGUAGGAAGCUACUUUGUAAAGAACCUCUUUCUAUUUGAAUAUGUGUUUUAUAUGUUUUGUUUAUGUGUUAUUUCCCAUGGGAAAAGACUGAGUGUUUUGAAAAAAGACUGUGUGACUAGACUUUAGAAGUGUGAGUGAGCUAGCAUUCAGUGUUUAAAGAGUAAAAUGUACUGGGCUAUUAACUGGUAGUGGGAUUAUGGAUGGUUAUUUAUUUUUUAUACAUUUUUAUAUUUUCCAAAUUUUCCAAAAUGAGUAUGUUACUUUAAUAAUCAGAAAAAAUAAUCUUUUAAUAAAAUAGUAAGUUAUUGUA